AUUCGCCCUCUGGUGUCUGCUCGGUGUAUCGUAUUUUCUGCCUUGCCGAGUCAUGACAUGUGAAAGGUGAAGUUCAAAGGUUGUCGGCUAGUGAGCAUAACAUCAUGGAUCCCUCAGGUCAUACUGGGGUGUCGUGUAAGCUGGAAUUUGCAGUUCAGAUUACUUGUAGAAAGUGCGUUGAUGCAGUGAAGAGCUCCUUACAAAAUGUGAAAGGUGUACAGAACGUCACUGUCAGCUUGGAGUCUGAAUCUGUUCUAGUGGAUACAAUAUUACCAGCACUGAAAGUGCAGACCCUGAUUGAGAGUUCAGGAAGAAGGGCAGUGCUGAAAGGAAUGGGCAGCGUUAAAUCAGCAGAGACCCUAGGGGCAGCUGUGGCAAUGAUGUCAGGAGAAGGAUCUUUACAAGGAGUGGUUCGUUUCCUCCAAGUAUCUGAGGACACAUGUGUUAUUGAUGGGACAGUGGAUGGCCUGAAUCCCGGCCUCCAUGGACUUCAUAUUCAUGAAUAUGGGGAUAAUUCUGCAGGCUGCGAAAGCUGUGGUGGGCAUUAUAAUCCUUUUGGCAAUAAUCAUGGAGCUCCUGGAGAGACAGACAGUCAUGUUGGAGAUUUGGGAAAUAUCUUGGCUAGUGAUGAUGGGAGAGCAUCAUUUAGAAUUGAGAAUGAACGGGUGAAGGUUUGGGAUGUUAUUGGACGUUCUUUAUUGAUAGAUGAAGGUGAAGACGAUCUUGGAUGUGGAAAUCAUCCUUCUUCUAAAAUUACAGGCAACUCAGGCAAAGGCUUGGCCUGUGGAAUUAUUGCCCGAUCUGCUGGUCUUUUUGAGAAUACAAAGAAAAUGUGUUCAUGUGAUGGAGUUACUAUCUGGGAAGAAAGAGACUAUCCAGUUGCUGGACCAGGACGAAAAAAAGACACUCAUGCUCAUCUGUGAAAGCAUCCGCCUUAAAUUGGUAGCUUGCAUUAUAUCAUCCACAAUAAAUGUAUAUCUACAAAGGAA